GUCGUCACCGUUAGUAUAAAAAGUGAAUACCUAUAAUGUGAAUGAAUGGGUGGUCCGAUCGACACCAACACGACUGAUAUUAUGACCGGCACCGCAUACAUCUCUAUCUGUUUCCUAUAAUAAUCAUUACACAAAUUAUUGACAAAACAUUUAUUCAAAUGAAAACAUUGAUUGACUCUUAAUGUUAUGAUUUGAUUGUCUGAUGAUUUUAAAGAAGUGGUUCACAACACACACACAACCAAAUUGAAGACCAGCUAAUCAUUUGUAUUGAAUCCCAUACUUGAUAUUGUGUUGACCACUGAGUUGAUUGUUUGAUUGGAUCCAAUUGUCUGACGAAAACAAAUUGUUGGCUGACGUGGCUUUUGAUUAAUCAAAAAUAACAAUAAUAACAAUGGUUUUGUUAGCGGCUGGUGUUGUGUCCAAAGUGAAUGGAAAGAUACUUCUUUCGCGACAAUUUGUCGAAAUGACGAGAUCUAGGAUUGAAGGUCUAUUGACGGCGUUUACUAAACUGAUCACUAAAGACAAACAACACACUUUCAUUGAAACAGACACAGUACGAUAUGUAUAUCAAGCGCUUAUGGAUAAACUUUAUUGCGUUCUCAUCACUACAAAGACAUCCAAUAUUUUGGAAGAUUUGGAAACUUUGAGACUAUUUGUACGAGUGAUCAGUGAAUAUACAUCAAAUCAAACAAAGGGAACAUCCGAUGAACAGUCCAUCGCUGACAAUGCCUUUACAUUGAUCUUUGCCUUUGACGAGAUCGUGGCGUUAGGUUAUCGGGAAAGUGUUAAUAUGUCUCAAGUGAGGACAUUCAUCGAAAUGGAUUCACACGAAGAACGAGUGUUUGUCGCCGUCCGGCAAACACAGGAAAGAGAGGCAAAACAAAAGAUGAGAGAAAAGGCCAAAGAGUUGAGUCGAUUACAGAAAACACAGCAAAUCGAAAGGCUUAGGGGUUUGAGUGGAGGUUCAAUGAAUUCAUCAAUUAAUAGCAGUUUAAGUGAGGCUAAACACGAGCCAACUAUUGCUGAACGUCCAGCACCUGCUGUCUCACAAAAUAUCAGAUCUAAGGGUCCGUCUAAGGCAUUAAAAUUGGGUUCGCGUUCAGGAAAUUCCAUGUUUUCCGUCAAUACUGAGGAACAGUUGGCUCACGAACUGACACAAGAGGACGGAUUAUAAUUCAUUUAAAUGUUUUUUAAAACUAUAAUUUAUAUUAUUAUUAUAUUUUAA